UGUAGUUGAUCUGUUGUGUUUGUGUCUCUGUAUUCAAGCAGUAAAAUGGCAGAAGCCAGAUUUUCUCAGGAUGAGUUGAUGUGUACAGUGUGUCUGGAUCUCCUGAAGGAUCCGGUGACUACUUCCUGUGGACACAGUUACUGUAAGAGCUGUAUUACAGGCUGCUGGGAUCAGGAGGAUCAGAAGAGAGUCUACAGCUGUCCUCAGUGCAGACAGACCUUCAGUACAAGACCUGUAUUAUCUAGAAACACCAUGCUGACUGAACUGGUGGAGAAACUGAAGAAGACCAAACUCUCUGCUGAUUGUGACGCUGGAGCUGGAGAUGUUCAGUGUGACGUCUGUCCUGGAAGAAAAUACAGAGCCGUCAAGUCCUGUCUGGUGUGUCUGGAGUCUUACUGUCAAACUCAUUUUGAGCGGCAUGAGGAGUUUCAUUCACGUAAACCACACAAAGUGACCGAAGCCACUGGACGACUGCAGGAGAUGAUCUGCCAGAAACAUGAGAAGAUCCUGGAGGUUUUCUGCCGCACUGAUCAGACAUGUAUAUGUGUGCUGUGUACAAUUAUUGAACAUAAAAAUCACGACAUUAUACCAGCUGCAGACCAGAGGACAGAGAAACAGAAGCAGCUGAAGGAGACUCAGAAGACGCUCCAGCAGAGAAUCCAGCAGAAAGAGAAAGAUCUCCAGCAGCUGACAGAGGAUGUGGAGUCUUAUAAGCGCUCUGCUCAGACAGCAGUAGAGGACAGUAAAAAGAUCUUUACUGAGAUCAUGCGGUCCAUUAAGAGAAGAUGCUCUGAACUGAUACGACUGAUCAGAGAUCAGGAAAAGCAAGCAGUGAGUCGAGCUGAAGGACGACUGGAGCGACUGGAGCAGGAGAUCAAUGAUCUGAGGAGGAGAGACGCUGAGCUGGAGCAGCUUUCACACACACAGGAUCACAUCCAGUUCCUGCAGAGUUUCCAGUCUCUCUCAGCUCCUCCUGAAUCUACAGACGUAAAUGACAAUGUCUUCAUUUCUUUCAUCUCUUUGGAUGAUCUGAGAGAAUCUGUUCAUCAGCUGAGACACAAACUGGAGGAUUUCUACAAAGAGGAGCUGAUGAAGAUCUCAGAAACACUGACCAACAUUGUUCCCAGCACCAGGAACGACUUCCUACAAUACUCCCAUCAGCUUACUCUGGAUCUGAACACAGUAAAUAAACGUCUCCGUCUAUCUGAGAACAACAGAAAGAUUACUUACAAUCUCACAGACCAGUCGUAUCCUGAUCAUCCAGACAGAUUUGAUUAUUUUUGUCAGGUGUUGUGUAGAGAGAGUGUGUGUGGACGCUGUUACUGGGAGCUGGAGUGGAGUGAAGGUGUGUUUAUAUCAGUGUCAUAUAAGAACAUCAGCAGAAAGGGAUGGGGUGAUGAGUGUGUGUUUGGAUCUAAUGAUCAGUCCUGGAGUUUGGAGUGCUCUUCUUCCAGUUACUCAUUCAGACACAGUGACAAAGUGACUCGUCUCUCUGUGAAGCCCAUCAUCAGCAGCAGAAUAGGAGUGUUUGUGGAUCAGGGAGCAGGAACUCUGUCCUUCUACAGCGUCUCUGACACAAUGAGCCUCAUCCACACAGUCCAAACCACAUUCACUCAGACGCUCUAUCCUGGGUUUUUGGUUGGUUAUGGAUCAUCAGUGAAACUGUGUUGAUGAAUCAGAACAGACAGAACAGAGAUUCUACCCAUAAUGCUCUGAGAAGAUCUACAUUAGAGCUCUGACUAGAUCCGUUCCUGUUUUGUGAACUACACUGCAUGGUUUCUUGAAUUUAUACUAGUAGACCGGUUUCAGAGAAAUCAUGCGGUAAUGAAAUAGACUGAUAUGGUGUGGAUGAUAUUUCAGUUUAGAUGAAGAUGAUUUGUGACACAUGGGACAAAACAUGUCCAGCAACUGUAACUUCUAUUACAUUUAUAAAAGCUAAUGUUUUCAAUUGUUGAUGUUAGAAUUAAUAAUAGAUCAGUAAUAGAGUGCAUUGAAAACAAUUGUUCCCUUUAAUUGAAGUUUAUCAAAUCAAUUACACUUAUUCUCUUCUUACUACAUCUAAAACACUGUCACAGAGAGGCUUCAAUCAUUCAUAAUUUUUUUUGGAAAACUUUUUGACAACACUGUCAGACAUUCAAUAAAAUGUAAAUAAAGCAGUAAAUAAA